GAAACGAACUCGAGAAGAAGAUCGUCAAUGCUGAGGUUUUGCUUGAAAUAUCACAUUCGUACCCUUGAAAUGGCAGGCGAAAUAAGUUCUUUGCACGACAAAUUCACUGGACAUAUGACUGUAAUUUGGGCGUGUAGUUUAGGAUGUACCGGCAAUCAAAUUUUCAGCGUACGUUGAAAAGUACUCUGAGUUACUCAUCCAAUCACGAAAAUAUCACUUGUAAUUACAUCAGAAUCUUG